GACUACGCUUCCCGGCGUGCCCCGCGGCGCCUGGGCGGGCUCCCAGGCGGCGCUACACCCCGGUGUCCGCACCGCGGGCUCCACCUUGAGCCUGACGGCCUGGCUGAGAGCAGGAACUGUGCUGAGGUGCACCUUGGCGACGCCCUGCCAAACCUCUGCCUACGUGCCUUUCUUGCCUGCCUUCUCGCCUCCCUCCCUCCCGCUGCGUCGGUCUGCACCGUACCGCCCCCGAGGAGGAGACUUGUGAUGGGCAAGGUCUGUGCCAUUUUUGGGGGAUCCCGAGGAAUAGGAAAAGCUGUUGCAGAACUGCUGGCACAGAAGGGCUGCCGCCUGGCAAUCAUUUCUAGGAAUCUGGAAGUAGCCCAAACCACAGCCCUCAGUCUUGGUGCAGGACAUCUGGCAAUUAGCUGUGAUGUAUCCAGUGAACAAGAAGUCCAAAAUGCUUUUGAGCAGAUGAAGAAGAAUUUAGGUCCUCUUAACUACUUGGUUAAUGCAGCUGGGAUCAACAGGGAUGGUUUGUUACUGAGAACCAAAACUGAAGAUAUGAUAGCCCAGAUUCACACUAACCUUUUGGGAACAAUGUUGACAUGCAAAGCUGCUGUAAAAGCCAUGAUGCAACAACGGGGAGGUGCUAUUGUCAACAUAGGAAGUGUUGUAGGACUUAAAGGUAACUCUGGUCAAAGUGUGUACAGCGCUACCAAAGCAGGAUUAGUUGGAUUUUCACGCUCUCUUGCUAAAGAAGUGGCAAAAAAGCAAAUUCGAGUGAAUGUGGUUGUCCCAGGCUUUAUUCACACGGAGAUGACUGCUCAUUUGGAAGAGGAUCAGCUGAAGAAAGCAAUUCUCCUUGGAAGAUUUGGAGAGCCUCAUGAAGUUGCACAUGCUGUUGUCUUUCUUCUAGAGGCCUCUUAUGUUACAGGGAGUACUCUAAUUGUAGAUGGAGGCUUGCACCUUAUGACUUAAGUACUACUCUGAGUAAGAAUCUGUGUAAAUGUGAUUGUGAUAAUAUAUAAAAAUUAAAGGGGGCAGGUUGAAAUUAGUUGAAGAUUGAUGCAUGUAAUUGAUUUGAAAUUCUUCAUUCAGAGGAGAAAUUCAUCAGCAGUGAAUCUGUUCCAUAGAAUCACAGAAUACAUCUGGUUGAAAGGGACCUCAAAAGUCAUCCAGUCCAACUCUUGGCCAGGUCCAUGUGCUUUUUAAA